CUGCUUGCGCACCCCCGCUAGCCGGAACAAUAUUAAUGAGCGACAUAGGGGAAAGCAAAAUGGCGGCGGCCAUGGUCCAGAUGUGUUGCAUAUAUCGGGGGAUGCUGGCGGUCAGGAACACGGGAAUCCGACCUUUAAUCCCCGGACUGGCGCCGCUACAGCUCCGGGCAUUCUCUGUGCUCAAAGAACCGACGCUGGAGGAAAAUCCUUUCUAUAGCAAAUACGAGGACAAGAUCGCACAGCUUCGGAGGUUAAAACCUCAAGAGUUUGAGGCCUGCAUGGAGAAGAGAAGGGAGUUGAAAAGGCAACCACUCGGCCAAUCCAAACAGGCUGAGUUUAUCAAGCUCGUUGAACAGGAGUCAGAAAACCUUGGCAAACGGGCAUCUGGAAGUGGAGGGUUUUCCAAAGACAAGACUUUGGGAUCCAUCCUUAAUGUAGAUAUGGUCAAAGAGAAGACAGCAGAAGAAAUAGGCCAGAUAUGGAUGCACUAUUUUGCCACUAAGGACACCAUUUGUGCAAUUAUUCCUGGAGAAAAGUUUGAAACGAUGUCCAACAGAGGAAAGAACUGUCCCACUUUCCUAUAUGCUCUGCCACAGGAGGAGGGUUAUGAGUUUUUUGUGGGUCAGUGGUCAGGCAAUGAGCUGCAUUUCACUUCCCUCAUCAACGUUCAGACAAUAGGGCAAAAUGCUCCUAGCCAGCUGAUUCUCUAUCACUACCCUGAACUUCAGAAGGACAAAGGCAUCGUUCUCAUGGCAGCAGAAAUGGACCACAAAUUCCUGGACGUAACCAAGGCCCAGUGCCUCGCCAAUCAGGUGCAGUUGUUCUAUGGCACACAGCACCAAGAGACCUUCCAUUUAGUGGAGCUGUUCAACCACAAGCCUGCUGAUUUCAAACACAUGUCUGUCAUUGCAGAGCUGGAGCAGACUGGGAUCUCCCAUCCGAGAGCCUAAAACAGGCAGCACUGUCCCGGGAAACGCAGACUCUCAGUACACAUUGAACAUUAAGACUCCUAACACUUGGCCUGUUGAAGUAACAAGGAAUCAAUCAAAUUGUGUUUGCGAAACAUGGAAGAUUAAAGCUAUGAUUAGAGAUUAAAGCAGUGAAAGGGUUAAACAUAAUAUAAAUGCUCUCCUAUAGGUUCGUAACCACCAUUUUAAAAUUUGUUUUCUUAUCUCUUGUCAGCACUUUGACUCGAUCAGCCUAAAAGUUUCUGUGAUAAGUCACAGCUCGUGUGUGUGUGUUUUUUUUUUUUUUUUUUUUUUUUUUU